AUGAUUGGUGAGAAGUCUAGCGUCGGUCGUGGUGGUAUGGGCGCUAAAAUUAAGGCGGCCCAAUCUGCGAUCUCGCAGGGUGUGAACGCCGUGGUGAUUGCUAGUGGUUUUAAGUACGGCGUUGUUGGAUCUAUCAUGAAGGGUUCAAAUCUUGGCACGCUCUUUGUGGCUAACCCGGGAAUUGAGUCACCAGACUCAAUGUCUGCCGAGGAGAUGGCAAACGCUGCGCGCGCUGGCUGCCACCAGUUACAGGCGUUGUCAUCAGAAGAGCGCGCAAGUAUUUUAUUCCGCAUUGCUGAUGAACUUCAAAACAAUAGAACCGCAAUUUUGCACGCGAAUCAAAAGGAUCUUUUAGCAGCCCAAAAGGCGUCCAUUGACGAGGGCCUGCUGGCGCGUUUGAAGCUGACAGAGGAGAAGUUGGAGACGUUGGCAGAUGGGAUCCGAAGUAUUGCAGAAUCCGAAGAACCAAUCGGCCGAAUGCUCAAACGUACCGAACUAGCGUCUGGCCUGGUCCUGCACCAGGAAACGGCCUCGAUUGGAGUGCUGCUCGUCAUUUUCGAGAGUCGCCCUGACUCGCUGCCGCAGAUUGCCGCGCUUGCACUGCGCAGCGGAAAUGGUCUGUUGCUGAAGGGCGGCAAGGAAGCCGUCCACAGCAACGCUGCACUGCACAAGAUUAUCGUAGACGCAGUGGAGGUGGCUACGAACGGCAAGGUGAAGAAGGACGUCAUUGGUCUGGUUACGUCUCGCGAGGAAAUUGCUGACCUACUACGUCUGGAUGAUGUUAUUGACCUGUGCAUCCCACGCGGCUCGGGAUCCAUGGUGAGCUACAUUAAGAAAAACACGCGUAUACCUGUCCUUGGUCACGCGGAGGGUGUUUGCCACAUGUACAUCCAUACUGCUGCUGACAUGAAAAAGGCGAUUGAUCUUGCUGUUGAUGCCAAGACCGACUACCCUGCUGCAUGUAACGCUCUCGAGACGCUACUGAUCGAUGAGUCGAUUGUGACCAGUGGACAAGUCACGGAGGUUUUGACAAAGCUGGAGGAAGCUGAUAUAAAUCUGCACAUUGCACCGAAUGCUGCUAAGCUGGGCGUUAUAACAGUGAAGUCGCGCCCCACGACUUCGCUCUCCACCGAGUAUGGCACGAAGGAUAUCACUAUUGAGGUGGUGAACGGUAUCGAUGCCGCGAUCUCCCACAUCAACUUGUACAGCAGUGGUCACACUGAAUGCAUUGUGACGGAAGAUGCAGCUGCUGCAGAGCAGUUUCAGCAGAUGAUUGACAGUGCAUGCGUUUUCUGCAAUGCCAGCACUCGCUUUGCUGAUGGUUACCGUUUUGGUCUGGGUGCCGAGGUUGGUAUCAGCACAGGUCGCAUCCACGCCCGUGGUCCCGUUGGUGUGGAAGGUUUGCUCACGACAAAGUGGAAGCUUGUGUCGGAAAAUGGACACACUGUUGCCCAAUUCUCAAGCGCUAAGAAUGACCACCCACUCAAGUACACGCACAAGAAGUUGGCGUUGAUCCAACACGAGGCAAAUAUUGCUCGCCCGCAGAGUAGCCGUCUAUAA